GCGGUUCUCAGUGCCUGCUCGCCUCCUCACUCAUCGCACCAUGGCGGACGCCUUUGUCGGUACCUGGAAGCUAGUGGACAGCAAGAAUUUUGAUGACUACAUGAAGUCACUCGGUGUGGGCUUUGCCACCAGGCAGGUGGCUAGCAUGACCAAGCCUACUACCAUCAUCGAGAAGAACGGGGAUACUAUCACCAUAAAGACACAAAGUACCUUCAAGAACACAGAGAUCAACUUUCAGCUGGGAAUAGAGUUCGACGAGGUGACAGCAGAUGACCGGAAGGUCAAGUCACUGGUGACGCUGGACGGAGGCAAACUCAUCCAUGUGCAGAAGUGGAACGGGCAGGAGACAACACUAACUAGGGAGCUAGUUGACGGGAAACUCAUCCUGACUCUCACUCAUGGCAGUGUGGUGAGCACUCGGACUUAUGAGAAGGAGGCGUGACCUGGCUGCUCCGUCACUGACCGCCCGCUCCUCUGCCAACUGGCCACCCCUCAGCUCAGCACCAUGCUGCCUCAUGGUUUUCCCCUCUGACAUUUUGUAUAAACAUUCUUGGGUUGGGAUUUUUCUGGAGAUACGGGGCAUCAGCCUGGACCCAGUUCCUACUAUGUAUGUGGUUUAUUUUUUAAAACUGUAUCCAAAGGGUGCUCCAAGGUCAAUAAAGCAGAACCAAGGCCACCCA